CAGCGAAGAGCCGCAACCCCCUGGGGCUGCGACGAUGGCGGGGAAGCCCUGCUGCGCAGCUGCGGCCAGCACGCGGACGAACGAGGUCGAUUCGCAGAACUUCUCGAUGUGGAGGAGGAGGGCGGCCGCGGCCCAGCCGCACCUGACGUCGCACGCGCCCAUGCACGAGCGGCAUGCUGCCGCGCCCCGCCCCUCGGCCUGCGAGUUGCCCCGCUCGUCGGUCGCCGCUGCUCGGAUCUUCGACCACAGUUUGCAAGUAGCGGGAAGCAUCCCGAUAAUCCCAUCUCGCCUAGGUCGCUCGGGAAUGGCGCAGCCGAUCACCGCCGACACCUGUCACGGCAGUGCCCCCUCCGCCUCGCACGAAUUGAGGAGCGCCGCCAAAUCCUCGACCCCCUGGUCGGGCAUCCGCUGGAGGUCCAGGGGGCUGAGAUUGUCGAUGCCGCGCGCCCUGCCCGAACUCAGACGGCGCAAGCCGUCGCGGACCUCGUCGCGGCCGAUGGGGCGCGGCGAAGGGACACGUCGAGCACGGCCACGGAUCCUUCCACACGCGAUCCCUCUGCAACGUCUUCUGCUCCAUGAUGGCGUCGGGGUGGACGAUCGACCGAGACGCAAUGUCGCCGCCGGCACCCACCUCAAGGCAAUGGGUCUCCAGCUGCUCGACGUCGGGCUCCUUGAUCUGCCGAUGGACAAUCCCAAGCUUCUUCUUUCAAGAUUCGUUGGCCCACCGCACGUGCCCGUUCCGGGCCCGCUGGAGGCUCCGACCCACCAUCCGGUGACACCAUCUGUUGGUGACCGCCGACAGCAGCUCGAUGCCCUCGAAGCAUGGCGAAGCUUGCUGCAAGAAGAUGCUGGCGCGCAUGCACCAACCGUUGGCCUCCUGCGCGAAGCACUUGCCGAAGUACUGCUGGUCGCUGUUCUCCGCUUCCCGCGGGCACGAAGGAGAUGAGCGGCCUGGGAGACGCAC